AAGGCAUGCAAUGUUAAAACGGUAUCAAACUGCAUUCAUUCUGCAAUGCAGAUGCACUCCAGGGUGGGUUCUUUUUUCCCCCCGUUAAAAUCAACUCGGAAUCUAUAUGUGGCGUAUGCAUCUUUUUUAUUCAUAAGUCUAUCAAGCAGGAAAAAGGGGCGGAGCUUGGAAAGGAAUAGGAGAACCGGAAGAAGGAAGUGGCAAAGGCGGGCUUUCACGUGUUUUUGCUGCAGAGAAAAACUGUCUCGAACGACACAAAAGCGGAUUUCAGCAACGCUCAGAAGGAAAAAAUGGUGCGCAAACUGAAGUUCCAUGAGCAGAAGCUCCUCAAGAAGCUUGACUUUGUCAACUGGGAGGCCUCUACGGGGAACCUCCAUGAGCUGCGCGUACUCCGCCGCUUCCGCCUGCAAAAGAGAGAAGACUACACUCGCUAUAACCAGCUCAGCCGGGCGAUCCGAGAGCUGGCUCGCCGCAUCCGGGACCUUGGCGACGCACCCGAGUCGGCGGCUUUCCGGGCCCAGAGCACAGCGGCCCUCCUGGAGAAGCUGUAUGCCAUGGGGCUGGUGUCGUCCAAGCGCUCCCUAGAGCAGUGCGACAAGGUCUCGGCCAGCUCCUUCUGCCGCCGGCGCUUGCCCUGCCUGCUCCUGAAGCUCCGCAUGGCCCAGAACAUGAAGUCGGCGGUCACCUUCGUGGAGCAGGGCCACGUCCGGGUUGGGCCGGAGGUCAUGACGGACCCAGCAUUUUUGGUUACCCGAGCCAUGGAGGACUUCAUCACCUGGACGGACUCCUCUCGCAUCCGCCAGCAUGUGCUGAACUACAACCAGGAACGGGACGAUUUUGACUUGGCUUGUUAAGAGUACUGUUUUCUCAUCCCGUUAGUUAACCCCAAUCUCUUAUAUAAUCCUCUAUGGCUGGAUCUAUACUGCUAUAUGAACCAGUUUCUUAAUCCAGACUGUGCUUUGAACUGGAUAGUAUGAGGCCCCUUCUACACUGCCAUAUAAUCCAGAUUAUCAAAGCAGAUAAUCUGGAUUUUAUAUAGUAGUGUAGAAGGGCCCCAGGUUAUCAAAGCAGAUAAUCCACUUUUCUACUUUGAAUUGGGAUAAUAUGAGUCUACACAGCCAUAUAAAUAAUAAUAAUAAUAAUAAUAAUAAUAAUAAACUUUAUUUGUAUCCCACUCUAUCGCCUUGAUAGGGACUCAGGGCGGCUAACAGCAUAUUACAGCAAUAUUCAAUGCCGUAUAAUACAACCAGACAAUGAACAAGACAUAGCAUAAAUUUAAAAAUGACCCAGCAACCCUUAAUAGAAGCAAUAACAAAGCAUUAUCACUGAAUUAAAUGAACACUAAAAUUUCAAUUUAACUCAUAUAACAAAACUAAAAAGUUUUAAAAUUAGUUAAAAAAUUAAAAACAAUAAAAUUUGAUAUAAACCCAAAGUAGCAGCCAUUUCCAUGUAAUCCAGUUCAAAGUAGAUAAUUUGGAUUCAGAAACUGGAUUAUAUGGCACCGUAAAUGGGACCUGUAUAUGCCUUUUUGUCCUCUGUUUAUUUAUGAUACAUCCACGCUGUAGAUUAAGUGCAGAUUGACACCACUUCAAUUGCAACGGCUCAAUGCUAAAGAAACGUGGGAGUUGUAGUUUUGGUGACACACCAGCACUUGUUGGAAGAAACCUUGUAAAACAAUAAAAAUUUCCCAGGAUUCCAUUGCUUUGGACCAAGGCGUUUAAUUGCAUUCAUUUUACAGUGUAGAUGCACUCUUAGUAAUUUUGCUGGGAUAGAAUCAUAGAAUCAUAGAAUAGUAGAGUUGGAAGAGACCUCAUGGGCCAUCUAGUCCAACCCCCCGCUAAGAAGCAGGAAAUCGCAUUCAAAGCACCCCCGACAGAUGGCCAUCCAGCCUCUGCUUAAAAGCUUCCAAAGAAGGAGCCUCCACCACAGUCUGGGGGAGAGAGUUCCACUGUCGAACAGCCCUCACAGUGAGGAAGUUCUUCCUGAUGUUCAGGUGGAAUCUCCUUUCCUGUAGUUUGAAGCCAUUGUUCCGUGUCCUAGGACUUAACCUGGGCAAUUCUCACUGUUCCUUACCAUUCCCCAAGCUGGCAAGUAGAUGUGGAUUUUCUACCAUUUUGACUGAUAAUCACACAGCAUUGUUUGAAUGUCAGUGAUUGCAUCUACACUGUUGUGUUAAUGCAGUUUGAUACUACUUGAACUGCCGAGGUCAUUGCUAUGGAAUUGCUAUGGAGUUGUAGCACUCUUUAGCAUGAUUCUAUAGCAUGUAACAAUGGCAAUUAAAGUGGUGUCAAACCAUGUUGAUUUCAUGGCAUAGAUGCUCCCAGUGUUGUGUUAUCCAGUGGCUCUUCCAAGACUUGGUGGGCCCUAAUUACUUAAUGAAAAUCUUCCAUCUCGGUAUGUCAGAUGGCUCUACUGCAACAAUUCUUUCUUGUUGUAAGAAAAGUAAAAUACAAAGUGUGAAAAAAGUGUGUAUUUUGAAAAUCCAGAAGUUGUAUAUCCAUAACUCUGUGUUCACGGUAUCCAGCAGAGGGAGGUGGUGGACAAAAAGAGAUCUAGGCGAACUCCGGUGAAAAAGCAUAUUGGCAAAAUGGAGACAAUAAAAUCCCCAUAACUGGAGAUAUCUUACCCACAGUUUCGCUUACCUGCGCCCAAGGAAAAAUGGGAAUUCGUUAGGUUCUCCAGCUAAUUCCAUGGAAUGCUCCUCUUGGAGGUUACCAUAGAUUUGCAUUGUAGGACCUAGCAAAUUCCUAGAAACAUUACCAUUCUAAGGGUACACCUACACUAUAGAAUAAAUGCAAUUUAGCAUCAUUUUAACUGCAAUGGCUUAAUGCUGUGGAAUCCUGGGCGUUGUAGUUUGAUGAGGCAUCCAUUCUCUUUGACAGGGAACACUAAAGGUCUUCCUAAAACUACAACUCCCAUGAUUUUAUAACAUUGAGCUGUGGCAAAACUGCAUUAAUUCUACAGUGGAGAUGUGCCCUAAAAUAUCUCUAGGUUUAUCCAAUGCAAUUUUGUGGUAUUCUAGGACUGGAAUUCAGAUAAUUAAAUGGCAUUUGCUCAUAUCCCCCGUUUCAACCAAUCACAGGGUCUUACUGUAUUCUGUAUAUUAUAGGUCUUUUCAAAGAUCGUACUGGAGAUUAAAUAACUGGAUUACAUUUGACCCCUUUCCCGAAGGCAGCCUCAAAUCUUGAUCCAUCUUGAAUGCUUUAAUAAUAAUAAUAAUACACAGAUGAAUUGUAUUCACUUCUGAUCUGGAUGGCAUCCAGGCUCACAUCCUCAUGACUAUUCUUUUCAGAAAUCUAUUUUUUCCCCUUGGCCUUGCAGCAAAAUCAUUUUUCUGUUUGUCUCUAUGGUAACAAGUUUCUUGAUGGUGUUUCUUGAUAGCCACUCCGCUGUUGCAUUUCUUGGAUAGGUCUUUAGUUUUCGAAUUGGGGCUUUUUGUGUCUUUGUGCAUUUGUUGUUCUUGGCUCUCUCCUCCAUUGUUUCUAAUGUGAAAGGAACACGUCUUUUCCUCCUCUGGUGUUUUUGGCAAUAGCUUGACCCCAAAAGUGGGCUUUGAAAUAGAUUUUGGUGGGGCUACAAUUAUUAAUAUUAUACCCUGUUUCAUGGCCCAGUAUGAUUUAGCUCUUUUCCCUUGUGAAAUGAAGUUUGUCCCCUAGCUUUGCAUUAUAUUUUUAAAAACACAUAGUUCCAAAAUACUGUUAAUAAACAUGCAAGUUUGUAAUCAA